AUGGCUGACCACUCCAGUGUGCGCCGUGUGCGAUGCGAUGAGUUCCCGGGGGCAUGUAACAACUGUACCUCUACCGGUCGGAAAUGCGAGUAUGACUUUCAUCGGCUUCCUGCCAGGCGUAAUAUGGGUCUCCCACGCAUCUACCUCAGCCGCUUUCAUAGCCCGGCUUUGACCUCCGAUGAGCAAACCUGUUUCUCAUACUUCCAAUACCACACAAUCUCAGGUCUCGUGGAUUUGUUCGACUCGCCUCUCUGGGAAUGCUACAUUCUUCCGCAGAGCUGUGCCGAGCCUGCAGUCUGCCAUGCGGUCAUCAUGUUUAGUGCAAUCCACCAGGACGCGGAGACAAAUCGUAUGCGACUGUCGGGUAAUCGAACAGAUGACUCCCAUUUGAACUUCGCUCUGGAACAUUCCACCCGAUCCUCCGCCCUGCUGAGAAGAAGAGGCGCGUCCAACGACCCACAAAAGUAUCAGGCUGUUAUCACAUGCUGUCUGCUGUUUGUGAUGGGAGAGCUAUUGCGGGGUCAUUAUGGCAGAGCAGCCAUGCACCUUCACCAUGGGGUGCAACUGAUUAAAGAGGCGCAGGCACAGGGACAGAUAAUAGAAACCGUCCUUGUCGACUUCUUCGACCACCUCAAUGUUACCGCCGCCUUAUAUGCCGCCGAGGGACCUACUCAGAGCAUUGACGCAGUAGAUAAGCCUGAGUGGGUAUUGAACGUAUGUCCUAUCGUUGUAAAUAGCGUCGGUGAGGCACGGCAAGCUUUCACGGAAACGCUCAAUUACUCGAUUCUCCUGAUCGCGUACCUGAUGCGCUCAACGCAGGCCGAGAUUCUGGCAAAAUAUGACGAUCUGUGGCUCAAAAGACAGAGAAUCCUUGCCCGAUACGCAGAUAUUGCGCAGGCCUUUGAUUCCUUCUGCCAGGAACGCGGCUGCAAGUUCACUCCCAAGGAAGAACGUGGAGCGCAGGUGCUUCGUCACCUCCUGCUGGUCCAAUACGUCACCCUGAAGGUAUUGUUUCCCGGAGAUUGCAGCACCAGUCAGAUAACUGCCGAAUGUGCUGCGGUACUUUCCAGUAGCCUCGCUAUUAUGGACCAAAUCUCGAGAAGCACGACCUUCACAAUGGAGCCGGUGGUGUGUCCCGGCUUGCACAUUGUGGCCACUCUAUGCCCGGAUCUCCGCUUGCGGGUACGAGCUAUUGAAGCAUUGCGUGCCUGGCCGCACAUGGAAGGGAUGAUCAAUUCCGAGGUCUGUGCCAGCAUUGCGAUUGAGGCGCUGAAGGCAGAGGUACAGAAGAUGAGGAGGGACGAAAGCUGGAUUGCUGCUGAGUAUCCCGAGCAAAGGGAUCGGUUUCUGGUGGAGGUUCUCCAAUCAAGCCAGAAGGCUGCCGAUUGGGCGCCGAUUCGCAUGUCGCAGCUAUAUGUUAGUGAAGGCACCGCGACAAAGCAACACUACGGAGGCGGACGGCUUCCCUGGCCUGCAACCUCCACCAGCACCAGCAAGCCACCGACCACCGACAAGAACAAGAAGAAGAAGUGGCUGCGCUGGGCCAUCCCUCUGGCUGUGGUGGUUAUCGCCAUCACCAUCCUGGGUGCCUGUCUGGGCACUCAGCUGAACAAGCACCCGAAGGCGACGCCUAUGCGCCUGGGUAAUGGAACCAGUGAGUCCACCACAGAUCCCGAGGGCGCAGGGCACCAGGCUGGGGUUGGCGAUAACCACAACCACGACCACAACAAGAACUACACUUCCAGUGAUGGGGUUCCUCGUGUGGGACUGCCGAAUCGUGGAGUUCCGUCUGGCUCUUCGCUGCCUCAGUCUGGUGGUCCUGUUGUGCCUGUUAGCCCUGCGCCUGUCAACACUAUUGCCCCUGUCAACCCUGCGCCUGUUUACCCUGCGCCUGUUAACCCUACUGCCCCUGUCUCUCCCACUGCCCCCGUCAACACCAUUGCACCAGCCCCUCUUACACCUAUCAUCCCCACCAUCCCUCCCAACCCACCAACCACCACAUUCCAAACCCACCCAAAAGACCCCACAACCAACCUGAAACCCCCAAACACCCCCCCAAACCAACUCUACACCAUCCUCCCCAUGCCCCCCACCCCCCGACCACCCAACCCAGCACCCAACCCAGCACCCACCCCAGCAAACCCUAACCCUAACAUCCCACCCCAACCAGCACCUACAACAAAACCACUAACGCCCCUCCGCAUAACCACGCCGGAAGACCAAUGCACGACCCUGCACGGAAUAACCUACACCUUCUACGGCUACCCCGACAACGACCCGCCGGGGGCCGCCAUCGCGUACGAGUGCCCGCACCGCAGCGGCAGCGGCACCGCCGGCGGGACCGGCACCUACGAUGACCCACUGACCUUCGCGACCGCGCCGGGCGAGUUCGAGCUGUGCGAGGUCAUCUACUCGCCGUACCUGCAGAAGUACCUCAUCCACGAGGACUACUGCGAGAGCUGCACGCGGCACUGGCCGCACAUGUGGCAUGUGGACGUGUGGUUGGGCGGGGACUCCGUGGGCGCCGCGGCGGAGCAGCUAAGCUGCGAGGCGAGGCUGACGCCCGAGCUGGAGAGUCAGAGUGUGGUCAGGGGGCCGAGGGGCGAUUUGCCUGUUGAUGCUAUAACUGAUGCAUGCGAAAUGAAGAUUGAAGUUUGGGAUCUUGCAUUGCGUUUGGCUAUAACUGAUGCAUGCGAAAUGAAGGAACAAAGUCCACAAUCUUGA